ACAGGACCUGGAGGCGGGGCCGUGGUGGAGAUUAGCUCGAAGCCGCGCCCCCUACCCUGGAACCGCCCACCCCACGCUUACGUGGCGCAGACGCAGGGACUGGGCGUGAGUGGUGGGCGUCCGCAAAGACACGUUGAGCACGAUGACGCAAUUCAUGACAAUGAGCGUGGCAACAACCAUGACGAAAAUGAGGUACCUGAGGAGCCCGAAGUGCGUGACGUCACAGCCUCCCCAUGUUCCCGGAACCACAGAGAGCGCCGCUCUCCUCUGACCUCACAAACAACUUUCCGCAGGGGGUGGAGUGAGACUCCUGAGUUGCUCCUUUGAGGGGCCACACGCGUCCCCUGGUUCUUCUCCCCUUCCUAUCGCUCAUGGCAGCCAUGAAGGGAAUCCCCAGCUCCUUGGAAACCCUGCUGUGGGUCUACCACUUCCACAGCUCCACGGAGGUGGCCCUCCAGCCUCCCCUUCUAUCUUCCCUGGAACUAGCUGUGGCCGCAGCCCAUGAGUAUCUGAAGCAGAGAUUCAGAGAGCUGAAGUCCCUGGAGCCGCUGGAACCGAAGAAUACGCCCGCUCCGAAGCCCACCCUGGGGCUGGUGCUAAGAAAAGCUGUGGCAAGUUUCGUGAACUUCGGCGCCACCUUAGAGAUCUCAGCCCUAUGGCUGCGGCAGUCGGUGGGCCGACUAGAUGGCGACGACGGCAGCCCGGGACCAGACUCCGGUGAUCCGGGUGGAGCGCUGGCCCAGGUAGCCUAGGCUGUGGGGCAGGGUGCUCGGUAAGCGAAGGUUACGCGGCUUCUGCUCCAGGGGGCGAGGCUAUGCCUGUGUGGACGGGGUCUACAGAGGUCUGCCUCAUUUCUGCAGCAGUGGCGACUCCAGCUGGGCUUCGGAACCUCCGGGGAACCGGUGAGUUCGGGAUGGGGGUGAGUUGGGGGCCAGAGGCCGCGCGGCUGGGGAGGCACUGAGCCAGCCCGUCCCCAACAGAGAUACUCAGGAGACUCAAGACGUCCAGCAGCAGCGCUGAGGACGGGGAUCCAGAGACUCCAUCGCAGUCCCAGCCCCACUUCGCGUUCAAAUAAAGCCCAGGCCGGGAUGAGACAGCUUAAGCUGCUCCCGGAGUUUUUUGGUGUUGGCCCCGCCCUCCCCCGCCUCGUCCCUCUUAGCUCCGCCCCAUGCCAGUCUG